AUGGAAACCAAGCAGUGCCAACGCCGGUCUCGAACAGGGUGCUGGACGUGCAGGAAUAGGAGAAAGAAAUGCGACAGUAUCACAUUCCCAUGCGGUAAUUGCCGACGGCUGGGCUUGGAUUGCAAUACCGAGACCAAGCUUGUCUGGGAAGAUGAUUCUCGCAGAGCGGGGAUGAAGAGGAGAGGUCCAUCCAAAUUCCACAACCGUACCAAUAACCCCGAACCUAUGGCCGGUCAGCCUAGUUCGCAAAGAGGAGAUCACAAGCCAUCUACAUCAAAUCGCAAAUCAGUCACAGCCCUGUCAUUUUCCAGCCAGUCUGAUCAGGAAAUGGGCCUACAACGUCUCUGCCAAAUCUCAGAAUGGCCCUUCGAACUCGAUCCCACAGAGUCACACGCUCUCAACCACUACAUCCAACGCUUUUCCAGGACAUACCCAACCUGCGCCGGCCCUACUAACCCAUUCUUACGAAUCUUUCUUCCUCUCUCAAUGCAAAGCCGGGUAGUUCUGGAUGCCGUUCUAACUCUCAGCUGCGUUCAAAGCUGGGAGCACGGAAGCUUCGCCAUGGAAAGACCCAUGCUGUUCUUCCGAUACAAGGCCCUUCGUGGUUGUCGGGAGCUUAUCGAAUUGGUUAUGAAGAAAUCCGGAGUCCAGAAUGAGGUCCAGUCAGCCUCAACUAUGGACGUCAUCCAAGUUGUGGCAUCUCGGGCAGUAACUAUCGAUGAUGGCGAUAUAAUGCAUCUCCUCGCCACAUGUGUCCUUAUGAUUCUUUACGAGAAGCUCAGUGGAGAACGGCAAGAAAACGUGAGUGCACAUCUACGAUUCUUUGCCCGGCUCUUCCCGGAUCGGCUGUUUCUGGCCAUUACAAAUGGAAAUCCUCUCGACAACUCCAAGCAGCAGUGGAAUGAGGCCAUGGCCUUUCUCUCUAGCCUGUUCCUCUAUAACGAUCUCGUCAGGUCAACCUCGCUCCGCACUUCGACGCUUUCAGACUUUUACAUUAGACACGGUAGCCCUGGAUCGCGUUUUGAAUUCCCCAGGAUCAUCGCCAGGCUAAGUGCCGGCGACCUUUCAAUAACCGACAAAGAGAUCGCAGUGUGGGAUGGACGGUUGGAUUGGUUUCCAAGUUUCGCGCUCGAUGCGCCUGACAGAAGCGAAUUCUGUGAGAGGCUCCCUGUUGCAGAACCGGCCUUUGUUCUAAAUCCGCACUUCCGGCGACUUGAAAACUUUGCCCGACCAGAGACCUGGAACGAGCAGGGCAUCGUCUCGGAGCUCUACCGCAUAGCAGCCUCAGUCUACCGGAGACAAAAGCUUGUAGACCAGUGGUUCUCAUUCGGCCAUGACCACCGAGAGCUAGACGAAAAUGAUUUGGAGAUGGGGAAUCUUCCGUCGUGGGGGGUUGAGCUACUUUGUCUGUUGCCACCCGUAUCGCCCUAUGAUAAUACUCUUUUAUGGCCUAUCUCCAUCAUUGCAAAGGAACUCACAGAUGAGAUCGAACGUCAGUUCGCCUUGAAUAGGGUCGAAUCAUUAGAGAAACGGUUUAGCAUGAAGCAUUUUAGCGAUGUGAGGGAGUAUCUUGUUACUAGUUGGAUGGCAAAAGAUGAGGGCAUUAUUAGCACCUGCGAGCAGCCAGUGCUUUUUGGUUAG